CGGGCAGAGCACGCAGCUCUGGAUUGUCCUGCUGGUGGCGCGUAGCUGGGGCGGGCUCGGGAGCAGCCAGGCGAGGACACCCGCGAGGUACAGCUCCAGCCCGGGACACACAGCCGGGGCAGAUCUUCCUAGAGGGCCCUUCCGAGGCUCCGAAUCACAGACAAAGCGGCCGUGGGACAGGCACGCUGGGGGCGCUGCGGACGGCCAUGGUCAUGGAGGUGGGCAUCCUGGACGCCGGGGGCCUGCGCGCGCUGCUGCGGGAGCGUGGGGCGCAGUGCCUACUGCUAGACUGCCGUUCCUUCUUCGCCUUCAACGCGGGCCACAUUGCGGGCUCGGUCAACGUGCGCUUCAGUACCAUCGUGCGGCGCCGGGCCAAGGGCGCCAUGGGCCUGGAGCACAUCGUGCCCAACGCUGAGCUGCGCGGCCGCCUGCUGGCGGGAGCCUACCACGCUGUGGUGCUGCUGGAUGAGCGCAGCGCCUCCCUGGACGGCGCCAAGCGCGAUGGCACUCUGGCCCUGGCCGCUGGAGCGCUCUGCCGAGAGGCGCGCACCACCCAAGUCUUCUUCCUCAAAGGAGGAUAUGAGGCUUUUUCGGCUUCCUGCCCAGAGCUGUGCAGCAAACAGUUGACCCCCAUGGGGCUCAGCCUUCCCCUGAGUACUCGUGUUCCUGACAGCGCAGAAUCUGGGUGCAGUUCCUGCAGCACUCCUCUCUACGAUCAGGGUGGCCCGGUGGAGAUCCUGCCCUUUCUGUACCUGGGCAGUGCCUAUCAUGCUUCCCGAAAGGACAUGUUGGACGCCUUGGGUAUCACUGCCUUGAUCAACGUCUCAGCCAAUUGUCCUAACCACUUCGAGGGUCACUACCAAUACAAGAGUAUCCCCGUGGAAGACAACCACAAGGCGGACAUCAGCUCCUGGUUCAAUGAGGCGAUCGACUUCAUAGACUCCAUCAAGAAUGCUGGAGGAAGAGUAUUUGUCCACUGCCAGGCUGGCAUCUCCCGGUCAGCCACCAUCUGUCUUGCUUACCUCAUGAGGACUAACCGAGUGAAGCUGGAUGAGGCCUUUGAGUUUGUGAAGCAGAGGAGGAGCAUCAUCUCCCCCAACUUCAGCUUCAUGGGCCAGCUGCUGCAGUUCGAGUCCCAGGUGCUGGCUCCACACUGCUCAGCUGAGGCUGGGAGCCCUGCCAUGGCAGUGCUCGACCGAGGCACCUCCACCACUACUGUCUUCAACUUCCCCGUCUCCAUCCCUGUCCACCCCACGAACAGUGCCCUGAGCUACCUUCAGAGCCCCAUCACAACCUCUCCCAGCUGCUAAAGGGCCAAGGGAGGUGAGAACCUUCAUGUGCCACUGGGAUGCCACUCCUCCUUAGGAGGAGCCACGCAAUAACUCCGGGAGGGGCUCACGAGGGCUGGUCCUUAUUUAUUUAAUUUCUCCUGAGUUCCACUGGGUUCCUAAGCAGUCAUAAUGAUGAUGCAACGGCAAGAUGUUUGCUGAACUCAGCACAUUUGGGACCAAUAUAUUGUGGGUACAUCAAGUCCCUCUGACAAAACAGGGCAGAAGAGAAAGGACUCUGUUGGAGCCAGUUUCUUCACUUGCUCCCAUUUUUUUCUAGAAACUUCAUGCUUGACAUACCUACCAGUAUUACCAUUCCCGACGACAUACAUGUAUGAGAAUUUACGUUAUUUAUUUUUGUGUAGGCAGUCUGCCUUCACAAAUGUCAGUGUCUACUUGUAGAAGAACCAAAUACCUCAAUUUUGUGUUUGAGUACUGUACUAUCUUGUAAAUAGACCCUGAGCAGGUUUGUUGUCAGCACUGAUGGGAAAAACACCAGUGUUGGUUUGUUUUUUUAGUUGCCAACAGUUGUAUGUUUGCUGAUUAUUUAUGACCUGAAAUAAUAUAUUUCUUCUUCUAAGAAGACAUUUUGUUACUAGGAUGACGUUUUUUUACACAACAGAAUAAAUUAUGGCAUUUCUAUUGA